CUGCGGAUCGAACUGGUUCCGUGCGGUGUGGAUUUGUCCCGAUUCCGCCCACUGGGCAAGGCGCGGGCAACCAAAGAACUGGGACUGAACGGCCACAAGAUUCUGCUGUGCGUGGGCCGGAUCGAAGCCCUCAAGGGCGUUGAUUUGCUGAUUCGCACUGCAGCUCAGCUGGAGUCUGACGACGUACAGGUAUUGGUGGUGGGAGCCGACGCCGACGGCGGCCAGGAAAUCGCCCGGCUGCAACAGAUGGCUGACGAUCUUAACGUCGGCGAUGCGAUCGAAUUCGUCGGCCGUGUGCCGCAGGAACGGCUGGCCUGGUACUACUCGGCAGCCGAUGUGUGUGUGGUGCCAUCCUUUUACGAAAGCUUUGGUAUGGCCGCACUGGAGAGCAUGGCGUGCGGCACGCCGGUGGUGGCUUCGCGCGUGGGGGGUUUGCCGACCAUCAUCCAGCAUGGGCGCACGGGCUACCUGAAAUCGUGGCGCUGCCCGGAGGCUUUCGCCACCUCUCUGGAAAUGAUAAUGGCCAACCAGAGCUUGCGCGACAGCAUGGGCAAGGCGGCGCGCCGCCGCGCCGAAUCCCUGGGCUGGGAUGCUAUCGCAGGUCGGAUGCUCGACCUGUACGGCCAACCGCGAUCGGUGGUUGACAACGGGAUUUCUGCUUCAUGA